AUGAAUAGGAUCCUAUUUAAAAAAAAUGUUGGUUGGGAUUCUCUCAAAGAAAAGGUCGAGGCAUUUUGUAUUAAGCAUAGUAUUCCAUUACCCAAUUAUGAUGAGCCAUAUGCUAACUUAGGGAGAUCACGACGUAAAGUAGUUGAUUAUACUACUUUACACCAUUAUCGUGUGAAUGUGUUUUAUAAAAUUGUUGAUUGGCAACUACAAGAACUUAAUGACCAUUUUAAUGAGGUGACAAGUGAUUUGCUUAAUGGUGUAGCUUGCUUGAAUCCAAUUGAUACAUAUUCUAGUUUUGACAUCCAAAAGAUAUUGGUGAUGGCUAAAUUAUAUCCUGAUGACUUUGAUGAGUUCAACAUGAGGGUUCUUGAGAAUCAACUUGUUAAUUAUAUUAUUGAUGUUUUGAAGUUUGCUUUGCUUCUACCCAUUGCCACUGCAUCAGUUCAAAGAGCUUUUUCGGCAAUGAAGUAUAUCAAGAAUGAUUUGCAGAAUCGAAUGGUUGAUGAAUUCUUAGAUGGUUGCAUGGUGCCUUAUGUAGAAAAAAGAGUAUUUAAGAAUAUUUCUAAUGAGUGUAUUAUAGAAACAUUUCAAGGGAAGAAGCAUCGCUGA